CUUCACCCCCCACACCCCUGCUUCUCCCACCACCUUCCCUCUGAUCCUCCUUACUCUCCCGCAUUAUCAAAAAAUUUGGCUGUUUUCUCCAAUUCUUCCCAUUCCCAUUUUCUUCGUUAGUUCAUGGAUCCAACGCAAAAGGAAGAUUCUUUGGCCGAUGAGACAACUGAGAGUGCUAAAUCUUGCACUGAUUGUAAAACUACAAAGACACCCUUGUGGAGAGUUGGCCCUUAUGGGCCUAAGUCACUGUGUAAUGCUUGUGGGAUCAAAUACAGAAAGAAAAAGGGUACCCCAUCUGGAUUUGGCAAAGACCCAGAUAAGAAGAAGAAAGAGACAGACAGUUCUAACAGUAGUACGGACAAAUUAGCUCAUAGCCAAAAGGAGAAAAUUGGAAAUGAUGGGAAGCUAAGCAAAGGAUUGAAGGUGAGAUUUAUGAUGUUAGGGAAAGAAGUGGUGAUAUUACAGAGGCAGAGAUCUUCAAUGAAGAAGAAGCCAACAAUUCAUAGGAAAUUUGGUGAAGUUGAAAGAGCUGCUCUUCUUUUGAUGGCUCUGUCUUGUGGCUCUGUUUUUGCCUAAAGUCAGCACCUAUUAGUUAGUACUAAUUACUAAACCCUAACCUCUUAUUAAAGUAGAUAAACCCUUGUUUUUUUAAGCUUAGUCAAAGCUUUUAGGGGUACUAUAAAAAAUAUUCCAGAUGGAUUAACAGAAAAAAGAAUCUGGUUGUAGAGCCUUUUUAAAGAAAUGGCUUGAUUUUGGUAGCUUAGGAAAAGGAAAGGAAGAAAGUGAAAUUGUACAUAUAUGAUGGUGCUGAUGAUCUAAUAUGCCUUUUUGAGUUUUCAUUUUA